CCUGAACUGAUCGAAUAUGUGGGCGUUCCCAAGCCCGAAGUCGCCAAAUGGGCCGGCAUCGCCUCUGCGGUCGCGUCCGUGACUCAGGCGAUGAUGGCAGUGCCCUGGGGUACAUUAUCCGACCGCAUAGGACGCAAGCCGGUCAUUAUCAGCGGGCAGAUCUUCACGAUGCUGUUGUCGAUCAUGUUGGGUAUGUCGUCGAGCCUAUCGAUGGUUCUGGUAUCGCGUGCUCUGAUCGGCUUCAUGAACGGAAACGUCGGCAUCAUCCGCACUAUGGUUGCGGAGAUUGUACCACAGCGUGAGCUACAGCCUCGUGCUUUCAGUAUUAUGCCUAUGGUCUGGACGAUCGGUAGUAUCUUUGGACCGGCCUUUGGAGGGGCGCUUGCUCGGCCGGCUGAGAAACAUCCGAAUCUCUUUGGUGGAUCUGAGUUUCUUAGACGGUAUCCAUUUGCGUUGCCGAAUUUAGUUUCGGCUUGCUUCUUUGUCGUCGGUAUCACUACGGGUAUUUUGUUUCUAAAAGAAACGCUAGUCACCAAGAAGGAUCGUUAUGAUCCCGGUCUGGUCUUGGGUCAGGCACUUAUUGAACCGUGCACAUCGCGCAGAAAGCGCGGGUUGGGAUCAUUGAAGCAUGAAAACGAAGACGAAGACGAAGAACAGACACCCUUACUUGCCGAUGACAGGCCUGCCUCGACAAAGCCGAAGAAGCCGAAGAAGCCCGUGACUCGCACUGAGUGGUCGCAGAUAUUCGCGCCCCAGUCAACUCUCGUGCUCAUUUCGUAUACGCUGGUUUCUGGCCUCUCAAUGGCCUUUGACUCGGUCUUCCCUGUCUUUCUGCACUGGCCAGUCCAAGAUCUGGAGAACAAUCCGGACGUAGAGCUACCAUUCAAAUUCGCGAGUGGGUUUGGCAUCGACCUCGCAGAACAUCAUAACCUUUUCUCUGUUCUCAAACUGACAAUAUUAUCAACGGUAGAUGCCCAAACAAUCGGUCUGUUCUACACGAUCAGCGGAAUUGCAGGAAUGCUCAUCCAAUUCCUCUUCUUCCCACCGAUCGUGCAGCGUUUCGGCGUAUUAAGAUGUUUCAGAGUGGCCGCUCUGUCUAUGCCGAUCAUUUUCUUCCUCACACCCUUCAUAGCUCUGGCCCCUGAACCUUUCCGUAUUCCCAGUGUCCUCCUCAUCCUUUUCGCCAAGCUUGGCUCGGUUAUCUUCGCCAUUCCAUGCUGCACGAUUCUUCUCACGAACUCAGCCUCCAGUGUGACUGUGCUUGGAACUCUUAACGGGGUUGCGACGAGCGUCAGUGCUCUUGGUCGUGCUGCUGGGCCAGCGUUGAUCGGCACCGUAUUUUCCUUGGGUGUUGAGAGGGGAUAUGUGAUUAUUCCCUGGUGGCUUCUCAGUGCUCUUGCACUUACGAGUGUGAUUCCAGCCAUUUGGGUUGUGGAACAGGAUGGUCCUUAUCGUGAGGUGGAGGAAGAGGAAGAGGAGGAAGAGGAGGUACAGGGAGAAAAUGGUUCCGUGGGCACUUAUGGUGCUGUGGAUGCGUCCACCGAAGCUAAUCGGAGAUGA